GAUAACAACUGCAUCGAUCAGCAGCAGAAAUAUGGGAUUAGAAAAAUAAAUUUCAUUUCGCAGUACGUGAAUUGCAUAGCAAGAUGGUUGCUAAUGUGUCGUUGGGAUUUUUCGGUUUUUUCUGUAUAAUUUGCUUUGGUUCCGUUUCAAGCGAGGAUCCACUUACAAUAUACCUUGAUGGCGGCAGUGAGUUUAAGAGCAUAAAGGAUGAUUUGAAUAGUCUCAUAUCUGACGGGGCAGACGCAACGAAAUACAUGCAAACAAGAUUCAAUCAGAUCGAAGCCAAAGUGGAUAAGUUAAUUAGCAUCGCGAAUGGUUUAGCAGAUGGUCUGAAAAAUUUGAGCCAGCAAGUAUCGAAGAAUGAUGGCAAUAACUCAAGACGCGCUUGCACAGUGAAAUUAGAAAAAGAACGAAAUUAUAAGCUUUGAAUAGCGACGUUUUUUUAUAAAAUGCAGAGUAGUUAUUCACAUAAAUGCGCAAGAAAUCUAUAUAUGUAUUAAUUCGUUCUGGCGAUUCUACCAAACCCG